CUUCAAUAGACAAUUUAGCACUAGUCUUCAAAGAUGAUUUAAUAUCAUUUGACAAAAACUCACCAACACACCAGACAGCCCAGUCAAGUAUGCCAGCAGUUGAUCUUUUAACUGGUGAUAUUCUAGAAGCAGAUCCUGAAGCUGGUUCAGAAUCAAAUAUUAGUAAACCUAGUAAUUCAGAACCUCAAGUUUAUUAUUUUCUAGAUUUGGAUAUAGAAGUACCUUGGCUCAUCCUAUUUCCAGAAAAUGAAGAGCAUCAUGAAUUUAUAGAUACUAAAGAACAUAAAUUAGAAGCUGGAAUAAUCGAAGAGGCAAAUAGUAAAUAUAUAAAAGGUAGUCCAAAUGUUAUACUUACAAAGAAAAUGAAACCAGGUUUUUGGGUAGAAAUAGACAAAAAAUUUCUGGUUAGAGAAGUCAGUAGGCAAUCUGAGGUAAAGAAACUUGAUAGUAAUGCAGUAGUCUAUAGAUUGUAUCAAAUUCAAGUACCAGAUAUUAAUCGAUUAAUGCCUAUAAAAGAUGAAGCACUUAAUUGUAUAGCACAAUGA